CCUGCACUCCAGUGACGUCGCUUUUGCUGUGUUGGAAGGAGAGCGGAGGAGACGGAGCGGAGGCGAAGCGGCCCGCGCAGGUGUCUACGCGACCUCGGAUUAAAAGCCUCCAGCUGAAGUGAAGGACGACCCUUUUUGUGCCCCACCUGCCCUGCUGGGGCUUGGCAGCGAAGCUCCUUCAGUUCUGGGAGCAUCUCCUUGAGGACAGAUGUUGUGCCCAGAGGAAAUGGCUUCUCUGGCCGAUGAGGACCUCCUUGACUUCCUCCUCCAGGACGGAGGUCCCUCAGCUGAUCUGGGCAAGGGAGGCUUCCUGCCAGAAGACUGGGACUUUCCAGGGCCCGAGGCCUUGGGCGAGGAGGAGGUGGACGACUUUCUGAGGUGCCUCCUGAGCCCUUUCGCAGAAGAGUCCAGCGGCUCGCCGGACCCCUCCCCUCCUCACAGCAGCAGCAGCAGCAGCAGCAGCCUUGCCGAAGAGCAGAACUUCUCCUGCAGCCCCGGAAGCUGGGAGGGGUCCCCCACUGGCAGCCCCGCCGGCUCUGAAAGUGUCCAGUCCGACCACAACUACUCCCUCCACCCGGCGCUGCCUGGGCCCCCCGAAGGCCCUGCGCUGGAGAGUGUCAGCUCCUCCUCGGAUGUGGGCGACGGGGAUGUCGCCAUCGACCUGGAGAUGUGGGAGAUUAUGGAGACUUCGUCCGACUCCUGCUGCAGCGAUCGGGGCUGUGCUCUCCCAGUCACAGUUUCCAUUGAGGAACCGACACCCCAGCCAAGUGGGGGGGACCUGCAGUUGGACUUCCCUCAGCUGAUUCUGACGGAUGAGGAGAAGAAGCUUCUGGAGAAAGAGGGUGUCUCAAUCCCUUCCAACCUGCCGCUGACCAAGGCCGAGGAGCGUGUCCUGAAGAGAGUUCGCCGGAAGAUCCGGAACAAGCAGUCGGCCCAGGACAGCCGCCGCCGGAAGAAGGUCUAUGUGGACAGCCUGGAGAGCAGGGUCGUCGUUUGCACAGCGCAGAACAACGAACUUCAGAAGAAAGUGCAGUUCCUGCAGAAGCAAAACAUGUCCUUGCUUGAGCAACUGCGGAAGCUGCAAGCCCUGAUCCAGCACUCGACCACCAAGACCACGACAGCCAGCACCUGUGUCCUGGUCCUGGUCUUCUCCUUCUGCCUGAUCCUCUGGCCCAGCUACUACCCCUUUGGAGGAAGCCAGGAGAAGCAGCUGGAGCUCCAGGGAGUGCUGUCCCGGAGGCUGCGGGAGUACCACAGCAGCGUUGCCCAGCUCCAGCCGGCAGAAGCAGCCCCUGGCCUUGUUCCUGCGUUGCUUCCCCCAACCCCCACACAGAAGGCAGUGCCCACGGCCGUCCUGAAGGAUGCAGCAGCGGGGAGCCUCAACCGGUCCCUGGAGGGCCACCGCAGCCCCCCUGCCGAGGCCCAGCCGCCCUCCAGCAGCAGCAGCAGCAGCAGCAACUCCUCCUCCGACCCCUCGGCUUCUCCGCAGGCAGAGGGGCUUCCUUUGCCCCCUGAGCACCAGCCUCUGGGGAAGGAGAGGGCCCUCCCACUGGCCUCUGCCCACCCCCGGGAGCAGGGCUGGGUGGGUCACACCACCAGCGUGGUCAUCCAGCCACGCCACUCGGAUGAGAUGUGAGGCUUGGGUGAUGGGGCAGCACCAGGAAACGGCUCCACCCAGAGUCCAACUCUGGUCUUGAGGGGCCCAGAACUUAGCCGUGGAGGCCUGGACUGUGGCUCUCAUGACCCCCCCUCCUCCUGCACGUGGACCCCUUGUGUGUCACCUGUAGUGGAAGCCUUCUGAGAAGCAGCCUCCCCCCCCCCCCGCUUGGUAUCUCUUAGCUUACCUCCACCCCCAGAUUAGCACUGGAGGGGGGUCCUUUGUGCAGGGGAAGGAGCCAAAAGUGGGAGGGGCACUAUUUGCAGGUAGGGAGGCAGGAUCCCCCCUGCCCGUCCUGCCUUGGCAGGCUGCUCCAGAUGCAUCUCCUUGGCAUGCGUGGCCCCCACCCACAGAGCAGACCCCCCUGUUCAGUCCAGGCACCUGGAAGAGCAGCUCCAGCAUCUGCCCAAAGGAUGCGCUUUCAUUGCUGCGACCCCCUGAGACACGCCGGGGUUUCUGGGGAGGCAGCGUCUGGCCUCCAAAUGAGACCCGAGGAAUUGGGACAAGCAGGAGGGAGGCAGGGGGGGCCAGGAAGGCUUCCUCUGCCAUUGGGGCAGCUGGGUGCUGGCCACCUCCAGGCCCAUUCCUGACCUCUUUGUGGGUGACGCUGUCUUGGUCCAGGGAAGAAGCCCUGUCACCGGCCUGUUGAGAUCCCCUGAAGGAGUCCCUGCCCCCCCGUCAGGCUUGGAGGAGCUUCCUGGACAAAGGGCCCUUGAGACCCCCCCUACCUUCGCCCAAGGGAGCCCAGCAGGGCCAUUGGUCAGGGCUGUAAACGAGCUGCAGCUGAGCAGCCGUGGGUAUGUGUGGGUGUGCAGAGCAACCCCCUA